CUCUAUUAUCCUCCAAUAGGACGCUCAUUUCACCCACAAACGCCAUUCCAUAACCAGCCAACUCGAUUCAGGCCGAGAACACCACUUAUAAUCCCUUUCACAACCAACGAGACGUUUCUGAUUCAAACCGCGUUAUCAUACAUUGCUGCGGGAUGGCCUCGCGAAGAUAUCAUAAUCCUAGACAACAGUGGCACGAUGGAUGCGAACCCCCGAGAGGAACUACCAAAGGACAAUCCGUCCCACCUGAGCUAUCAGAAACUCCGAAAAGAUUACGGCAUCAGCGUUCUUCAGACGCCGACCUUGCUAACGUUCGCCCAAACCCAGAAAUUCAUGCUCCGUCUAGCGAUUUCUAAAGAAUGGCGUACCUUCUUCUGGAGCCGCCCCGAUGUCGUCGUUCUCAGUGAUGAGAGCGCUAGCCCAUACCGCUCAUUCUAUAACCGUACUGUCGAUCAUCUUCUUUCUUCUCAGAACCAAAAUCAAAAGUGGGCAGCAAAGUUCUUUGGGAUCGAUGUCCUGGUACUGAUCAAUGUCGACGCAUGGAGAGGCAUCGGCCAAUGGGAUACAUUCCUGCCGCAUUAUAACACUCACUGCGACGCAUAUGGUCGAGCAAAUAUAAUGGGAUACGCGAUUGAAAAUGUCACCGCAGGGUGGGCUUUUACGGUAGCAUCUGCACUGGACGACCCUGAGACGGUCCUGUUUCCUCCA